GCAACCACACCAUACAUGCCUGCAACAAAGCCUUUGUUGUGUUUGUGCAACAGCAGCAGCACAGACAUUUAGCUCCAGAGUCGGGACUACUAGUAGCCAAGAUCACACAAUUUCCAAGACCAACGCGCUUCCAAAUUCCCAGCUUCUGCGCAGUGUGCAUGCUCUGCCCGCUUCUCUGAUUCUGAUCUGAGUCUGAGGGAGCAAGCGCGACUGCCACUUCACACCUUCCUCCAGCGCGGCGAAGAUGUCGGUGGCGGUGUGCCGUGGCCCAGCUGUUCCGGCGUUCGAGGCGCCCUGCUGGCUGCGCCCUGCUGAGCCGUACAGGCAGCCGGAGGCCGUCGUCGACGUCGACCGGCCUGCGCAGGCGGACAUAUGGAACGCCAUCCAGGCCGACGUGGGCAAGGUGGGCGCCGGCGCCAAGAAGGCGUCCAAGCCGUACGUGCGGGACCCAUUCGUGCGCCGGUCGUCGAUCCUGAUGAGCCAGAAGAGCCUCGAGGUCUGCACGGAGAGCCUCGGCAACGAGACCGGCUCCGGCGACUUCGCGUCAUCCCUGGACAUGUCCUGCCUGUUCGACGCGCCGCUGCCGGCGGCGGCGGAUGAGUCCUUCUGGCAGCACGACGCGGAUCGCUGCUGCGAGGAGAAGGAGCAGUGGGGGAGCAAGGACCUCGCGGCGGUGAACUACCACUGCUCGGCCGGGACGCGGCCACGGCGCCGCUCGUUCCCGCCGCCGCUGCCGUCCAUGUCGCGCCGCGACGGGCCGUGCGUGCAGAUGCGCCCGCGCCGCCAGGACGGGCGCCUCGUGAUCGAGGCCGUGGCGGUGCGGCCGCGCGGGUACCUCCACGCGAGGCGCCAGGGCGGACGCCUCUGCCUCUCCUUCGUCGAGUGCUCUGCCCGCGACCAGAGCGCGGCGACCAGGGUCACUGCGGCGGCGGCGGCAGAGGCGCCGUAUUUCUGCGCCGUGGAGCCCAGGAACGCGCAAGAGGAAGAGGCGGCCGUGGAAAUGGACGACGACGAGGUGAUGGAGGAUGAUGAGGAGGAGGAGGAGGUGGAGGUGCUGGACAGGGGCACCGUCGUUGAGGUCAAGGUGAGCACGCAGCCGCAGGCACCAACCGCGGCCAAGGUGCACCGCUCGACGCUCGUGAUCAACAAGUUCGUCGGCAGCACGCCGCUGUCCGUGUAUCAACCCCGGCGCCACGCCGCCAACGCGGCACAGCCCGAGGCGGAAACCUGCGACGAGACGGCGGCGCAGUCACCGCGCCCGACGGCCCUGCGCCGGGUGCCGUCGUCCACGACGACUCUGGCGGCCGCGGUCGCCGCAGCCUCGACGGACGACGACGACGAGUGCGGCGGGCUGCACCUCUCCGCCUCCGCCGCGGCUGAGACCAAGCAGCUGCUGCUGUCGUUCACGUCGCGGAGGGGCGACGGGCAGGACCUGCUGCAGAGCGUGCGGCGGUGCCGGCAGCUGCGGCAGAAGAAGCUCUUCAUCCUGGAGCCCUACUGCAUUGCCACCUCCUGAACAAAACCGUCCAUCACAGCCACACUACACAGCUGCGAAUGCGACAGUUGGGGUCGCCGUCGCCAUUGGGUUGCUAGCCUUAAUUAAUCACUAGCAAAUCAAGCACGUCCGGAUUAGCCGAUUAUUAUAAUAACCCUUGUCAGUCCGCCGUCGUCACACAGACACAGUGGCUGCUGCAUUGCUGGGCAUUAUUCCUUUUUUUUUUCGACACAUCCUUUCCAUGUGUUGAUUGGUAUUUCGCCGUUUGGUCCCUUGCAGUGGCCUCGUGCGUGCUGUAAUUGUGGUUGCUCUAGUACUAGUUUGUCCCCCCCCCCCCCCCCCCCCCCCCUCCUGUAUUUGUAGUGUGAUUUGAGUACUAUAAUUUAUCAGUGAAUUAACAGAUUUUCUGGUGUGG